CAACAGGUCGGGUCCCUGCCAGCCGAUGUCAUACGGGCGUGCCAGGACCAUUACUACAGGGAGCAGCAGCACCUCGCUUGCAUACUGUACUACAACUCGGUGUGCUUGUUAGUUGUUAGAUACUUUUCGGUAUUAGGUAGAAGGUAAGAAUAUUUUCAGUAACCCGAAAAGAUGUUGAUGCUCAAGCAACAGUUCCUACACUCAAGUACACAACGAGCAUCAACAACAGGCUCGACCUAUCGCGGCAGCUCGGGAAAUACCAGCGAACGACGAGCCCGACUCCACCAGGCAGUAGACUUGCU